AUGGACCUGACGGUGGACGGCGGCGGCGGCUCCUUCGCGCCCGCGGCGGCGGCCUCCGCCUCGAGCUCGCUGCUGUUUCUGCUCCUGCUGCGCGCGCUGCUGCUACACUCGACGCGCGACUUUUCGGCGCUGGCGCAGCUGCUGCUGCUGCAGCUCGCGCUCCGGCUGGCCGCUGGCUCGCGCAACGCAAGACGUCGCCCAGCGCUGGGGCCGCAACGCGCAACGUUGGACGCGGCCAGGAGACUCGCAGCGCUGUACGUGGGCGUGCAGGCGCUGCGCCACUUCGGGCCGCUGUUGGCCUUCCUGCUGCAACACGCGCAGCCGCUGCAGCAGCAACUCAAGCGCUGGCGCAACGGCGACGCGAACGACGCGCUGCCGCUGCUGCUGGGCUACGUGCUGGUGGCCGGCGUCUCUGCGGACGAGUACGGGGCGCUGCUGCUCACGCUGCUGCUCCUGGGGGCGGCGCUGGGGCUGCAGCUGGCGGCCGAGAGCCCCGCGUUGAGGGCGACGGCCGCUGACGCCGACGCGUCGCCCCUGGCCAUCGCCAUUGCAGCGGGUACGGCCGCUCUGCUGGCGGUGCUGACGCCCGAGAGCGUCGCCCACGCCCAGCAGAUCGCCAACGACCGGGCGAGCGCUGACGGAGGCGUCAUGAGCACGUCCACAUGGGCGUUCUACCUGCUUUUCACUGCUGGGGCUCAGUUUACGGCCGCGUUCUUCGACGGGAAGCUCCGGUCGCUCGCGAUGGCGAGCGGUUUGAUCCUCUUUGUGCUGCUGAAGCGAUGGCGGCGUGUAGGGGGUGCGCCCGCGAGCCACGUUCUGGGCGUGCUGUGGUCUAAGCGCACCUCGCGCCAGAUGCUGAUCUUCCUGUCGGUCAACGUCGCCUUCAUGUUCGUGGAGCUGGGUGUGGGGCUCUACACGAACUCGCUGGGGCUUAUGGGCGACGCUGGGCACAUGCUAUUUGACAACGGCGCACUCGUGAUUGGCCUCGUGGCGUCCUACAUUGGGCAACUGCCGCCCGACGCCAAGUUCACGUACGGCUAUGGGCGUGUGGAGGUUCUGUCGGGCUUCUUGAACUCGCUGCUGCUGCUUGUGGUGUCGUUCCAUCUGCUGACUGAGGCUGCGUCGCGCUUUCUGGAUCCCCCCGAGGUCGCCACGAACCAUUUGCUGCUCACAUCAACGGCAGGACUGGUUGUGAACCUUGUGGGUCUGUUCUUCUUCCACGACCACGUACACGGACACAGCCACAGCCACGGCGGCGAUUCAGCCUGUGGCGGUGGCCACGGACAUAGUCACGGGAAUUCGCACCACCAGGCCCAUGGUGAAGACGCCUCCGAAGACGGCCACCACGGUAGCAACAGCAACAUGUACGGCGUGUACCUCCACGUGCUGGCCGACACGUUGGGCAGUGUGGGCGUGAUCAUUUCGUCGAUACUGAUCCAAUUGUACGAGUGGCACGUGGCCGACUCGGCGUCCUCCGCGCUCAUCUCGCUGUUGAUUUUGGGCAGUACGCUUCCUCUGUUGCGCGACACUGCUCGCCAGCUACUGCAAGGGGCUCCAGAGGACAUGGAAGGCAGCGUCAAUGCGGCGCUACACGAAGUGCAGGCGUCAGUAUCCGGUGUGGAGCGCGUUGCGCAGUGGAAUAUCUGGCACCACGCAGGAGACAUGUGCGUCGCCACC